AAAAAAAAGUUAUAUAUAUAUAAGUAUACAUAUAUAAAGAGAUAGAAAAAAAAAUUUAAAAAUAUAUAUAAUGCAGCAGCACCUGAUGCAGAUGCAGCCCAUGAUGGCAGCAGCUUAUUAUCCCACUAACAGCGUUACUACUGAUCACAUUCAGCAGUACCUCGAUGAGAACAAGUCUCUGAUUCUGAAAAUCGUUGAGAGCCAAAACUCUGGCAAAUUGUCCGAGUGCGCAGAAAAUCAAGCAAAGCUUCAGAGGAACCUUAUGUACCUUGCUGCGAUUGCUGAUUCUCAGCCGCAGUCUCCUGCCAUUCAUUCUCAGUACCAGCUAGGCGGGAUGAUGCAGCCAGGAAGUAGCUACAUGCAGCAACACCAACAAUCUCAACAACAAAUGUCACCACAAGCACUCAUGGCUGCACGUUCGUCUAUGCUCUACAACCAGCAGCAAUACUCAUCACUACAGCAGCAGGCCGCCUUGCACAAUCAGCUAGGAAUGAACUCUAGUGGCGGAGGUAGUGGAAGCAGUGGACUUCACAUGUUGCACAAUGACAACACUAGCGCCGCUGGCAGCAGUGGUACACACCUAGGCAUUGGAGGGUUCCCUGACUUUGUUCGUAAACAAGAGAUCGGGCUUUCAGGGUCCAAUGAAGGACGUGGCAGUGGUGAGACUCUUUACUUGAAAUCAGCUGAUCAUGAGGGUAACUGAUGUAUCUCACUCGUGUACGCUUGUUGUAUUAAGUUUGUACUAGUAUUUUAGUAUCAGAAGCAGGUAAUAUUUAAGAAGAGUAGAAUUCUCUGGGUAAAAUAACUUGUUAAGAUGCUUAUAAAUGGAUUUUGAUGUUGUGCAAACUCAUGUUUGCGACG